AUGGUGGACUGGAAAUCUUCCGCCGAGUCCAUGCACGAUGCCACGAUCUACGUCUACAUGGCUCACGCCCUCGUCGGGUUGUACUUUUGGGAGCUCGUGAACAGCUUUGGGCUCGAAUGGGAGAUACUCUCCGGUAAAAGGAGGUUUCGGUGGCCUAUGAUCUCCUACUUUGCCGGGAGGUACUCGCUGGUGGCCUCGAUGAUCGGAUCUAUCAUUGCGCUGGACGUGGAGAGCCGAAAGCUUCACUGCCGUGCGCUGUGGGUAUCCAUCCAGGCGUUUGGCGAAGCAGCUGUGGGGUUUUCGACCAUCAACCUUUCCAUGCGGGUCAUCGCUAUAUGGAACCACGACCGGUACAUCGUGGGUCUCAUCGGCGCCCUCGUUCUCGGGCACUGGUUCCUCAUGUUCCGCAGUCUACCUCUGGACGCAGAGUUUAUCCCUGGGCUCGGAUGCGCCGCAACGACGCUGAGCAAGACGUUCAUCGCAGCUCACUACGUGUACACCAUGAUGUUCGACCUGGUGAUCCUGGCGCUCAGUGUGUAUAAGCUGGGCGUAUCGUUUAACGAAGGUAAUCCUCCCCUCGUCACUCUUUUGUUCAGAGACGGCGUAGCAUACUUCGUGAUCGUGAUUCUGUUCAACAUCUUGUCCGUGACGUUCAUGUUGCUCGACCUGAACCCUAUCAUGCGAACUAUGUUCGGCCUGCCCGCUGGCGUUGUCAGCGUCAUUGCUUCGUCCCGCGCGGUUCGAAGGCUGCAUCACUAUGUCACGCCGACGCUUGGCGUAGGCAUCACCAUACCCACAUCGAACCCAUACCUCCCCUCCGAAGGAUGGCGACAUGCCUCGCCGCGUACUGGCACCACGAAUACUAGCGGGGGAGGAUCCGUGGCAACGCGACCGACCGAUCACAGAAUCCAAUUUGCGCCGCUUGCGAACGCGUCCGAUACGGAACUUCAAGGACGCGGGUGA